UCCCCCUCCACAGCCCCCCAGCCUGCAGCCCUCCUGCCGGCCUGACCACCCAGACCAAGCAAGCGGGAGCCCAAAGCCCCAAACCCAUACCUUCUUUGCCGUUGCCACCCAUUCCAUCUCCAAAAUUCUUGCACCGCGACAACACCAAAACAUCUUUCUUACCCCGUUGUUGUCAUCCACCUGACCACAUCAAUAGAGUUUUGGUCUCGUCUUCCCACCAAGUUGACCACCGACCGCGUUGACACACACACGUAACCCGACCAACCAGCUACCCGCUACCCGUCUUGCUUGUCUCCCCCGCCAGCAAAGGUCAACACACACACGUCACGUCACAGCAUAGCGCAACACCGCAACCAUGGCUGAGCGCUACAUCCCCGAGCACAGACGGACUCAGUUCAAGGCAAAGAACACCUUUAAGCCAGAUGAGCUUCGCCGUCGCCGUGAGGAGCAGCAGGUGGAGAUUCGAAAGGCAAAGCGUGAGGAGAACUUGGCAAAGCGACGAGGCAUCGGCACAGGCGAGAACCGCCCUGGUGCCUCCCUGGGUGCCGCCCCCGACAGCGAGGAUGAGAACCCUCCCACAGAGUCCCAGGUAUGUCUGCAACCACUUCCUCGCAUUCUGCCUUUUUCCUCUUCCCCAGUCUUCUUUCGACGCCAUGCAUCUUCCCACACCAAAACUCAAGGCCCUUGCUGCUGCUACUGUUGCUGUUGUGUUCCCCGCGUUUUUCAGCAUCGCCAUCUGGCGCCUCAAGCCCCUCACCUCACCUGAACUUGUCUUUGCUGCAAAGGGCUGGCACACAUUAGCAGCCAGCCAGCACUUCCCACAACAAAAUCGCUCAUCACCAAGCAUGCCCCUCUCCAGCCCCUCCUGGCCCACUGAACCGAAAGAUAAUUCAAAACCGUUUCCCACCCAUCCUUUGAGCGAGGACCUUCCUCAAAUGGUGCAGGGAGUCUUUUCCGACCAGAUAGAUCUGCAGAUUCAGGCUACCACUCGAUUCCGGAAGCUGUUGUCCAAGGAGCGCAACCCCCCAAUCGAGGAGGUUAUCAAGACUGGUGUCGUCAGCCGUUUCGUCGAGUUCCUCCGAUCGCCCCACACCCUGGUGCAGUUCGAGGCUGCCUGGGCCCUUACCAACAUCGCCUCUGGCAGCGCUGCCCAGACCCAGGUCGUUAUCGAGGCCGGCGCCGUCCCCAUCUUUGUCGAGCUCCUUGCCAGCCCAGAGCCCGACGUCCGCGAGCAGGCUGUUUGGGCCCUUGGAAAUAUUGCUGGUGACAGCCCACAAUGCCGUGACUACGUCCUGAGCUGUGGCGCCCUCAAGCCCCUGCUGGCUCUGCUUGGUGACAGCCGGAAGCUCAGCAUGCUGCGCAAUGCCACUUGGACCCUCAGCAACUUCUGCCGCGGCAAGACUCCCCAGCCAGACUGGAACACAAUCGCCCCUGCGCUUCCCGUGCUGUCCAAGCUUGUCUAUUCCCUGGACGAUGAGGUCCUGAUCGACGCGUGCUGGGCCAUCUCCUACCUGUCCGAUGGGUCCAACGAUAAGAUCCAGGCCGUUAUUGAAGCCGGUAUCCCCCGCCGUCUGGUCGAGCUCCUCAUGCACGCCUCCACCUCUGUGCAGACUCCCGCCCUGCGCUCUGUCGGAAACAUCGUCACUGGUGACGACGUCCAGACCCAGGUCAUCAUCAACUGCGGAGCCCUGCCCUGCCUGCUGUCUCUACUGAGCUCCAACAAGGAUGGCAUCCGCAAGGAGGCUUGCUGGACCAUCUCCAACAUCACCGCCGGCAACUCCACCCAGAUCCAGGCCGUCGUCGAUGCCAACAUCAUCCCGCCCCUGAUUCACCUUCUCUCCAACGGUGACCUCAAGACGCGCAAGGAAGCUUGCUGGGCCAUCAGCAACGCCACUAGUGGAGGUCUCCAGAAGCCCGACCAGAUCCGCUACCUUGUCGCCCAGGGCUGCAUCAAGCCCCUGUGCGACCUCCUCGGCUGCCCGGACAACAAGAUCAUCCAGGUUGCUCUUGACGGCCUCGAGAACAUCCUCAAGGUCGGUGAUCUGGACAAGCAGGCUGCCGGCGAUGCACCAGACGCCAUCAACCGCUACGCCCUGUUCAUUGAGGAGUGCGGUGGCAUGGAGAAGAUCCACGAGUGUCAGACCAACGCCAACGAGGAGAUCUACAUGAAGGCUUACAACAUCAUUGAGAAGUACUUCUCUGAUGAGGACGAGAAUGCCGAUGACGGUAUGGCGCAGGCCCAGGGCCCCAACGGCACCUUCGGCUUUGGGGCCGGUGCCAAUGGUGGCCAGGGCGGUGCUGCACCUUUCAACUUCUCCAACACCAACGAGAACGAGUCCAUGGAGAUGUAGGGAUCGCAUUCCUAAGCCUUGGUGGACUUGAUGUACUAGCCAGUUACUGGCCGUCGGCGGACAGACGGAAUGUCACUCAAUUGACGACACAGCACAGGGCCAGGUUGAGAACUGCCCACCCUAUAUUCACAUCACACAGCAGCGUUGAUUGCUUGUUUCCCCCAAUCACCCAGGAGAAAGACAUUUCGCAGACCCCGGCACAGGAAGAGAGAUAAAGGGAAGAACAGGAGCUUUAGGGGAGAGUGGGUCAAGAAAGGAGGAAGACAGAGGUCCUAUGGUAGCUUGAAAGCCCCAGCCUCAUAUGUUUGAUCAGGGAGAAGCCACCCAGAAAGGAAGCCUAGGGUCAAGAACCGCAACAUAGGCAUGCGUGGGUGUCAAGGGUCGACAAUGGUAGCUUUAAAGCUCCAACCCUUUGGACAAGGUGAGGGUGUUGAGCCCAGCAAGCACAUUUUCCAUGAUGGCUGGGUAGCAACAGGGAACUGGGCCGAGAGGAUUGUUAUUCCACGGGCACAAAACCAAGAGCAAGUCCGCAGGGAUUAAUCAUUAGUCCAACAGACGGGCUGCCAUUGCUAGUGCAUGACAGCCUGGUGGAGUCUAAACAAAGCAUCGUGUGUCCCGACCAAGUGGUUGGUGAUACAAAUGUCAAUUAUAGCCGCACGAAGCCUUUUUAAGGCAUCGCAUAGAAGAGGUAGCUCAACAGUUACUCAAAAUGCGACCAAACUCACCCCCUGCGCUGAACUUGAUGGCUAAUGUUCUGCAGACUAGGCCAGCUUAACUUGAGGUAACUACUGAAGUACUUAGUCUUGUGUUACAAGCGGAACAUGAAGUAGUUCCCAACAAUCCAUGAAUACUAGAGCAAAAGAAAUGGACGAAACAGGCAACUUUCACUCUAUCUUGCCCCUUG